UCUGGAAGGUAACAUAGCUUCAACUCCCUUAGCGGCAAUGUGGUAGGUAACAUAGCUUCAUCUCCCUUAGAGGCAAUCUGGAAGGUAACAUAGCCUCAUCUCCCUUAGAGGCAAUCUGGAAGGUAACAAAGCUUCAUCUCCCUUAGAGGCAAUGUGGUAGGUAACAUAGCUUCAUCUCCCUUAGAGGCAAUCUGGAAGGUAACAUAGCUUCAUCUCCCUUAGAGGCAAUCUGGUAGGUAACAUAGCUUCAUCUCCCUUAGAGGCAAUCUGGAAGGUAACAUAGCCUCAUCUCCCUUAGAGGCAAUACGGUAGGUAACAUAGCUUCAUCUUGCUAGCAGUAGUGAUCAAUGAAGAUCUGGAAGGUACAUAGCUUCAUCUCCCUUAGAGGCAAUCUGGUAGGUAACAUAGCUUCAUCUUGUAAGCAGCAGUGAUCAGAGAAGAUCUGGUAGGUAACAACAUAGCUUCAUCUCCCCUAAGUUACAGGCAAUCUGGUAGGUAACAUAGCUUCAUCUCCCUAAGAGGCAAUCUGGUAGGUAACAUAGCUUCAUCUCCCUUACAGGCAAUCUGGUAGGUAACAUAGCUUUAUCUCCUUUACAGACAAUCUGGUAGGUAACAUAGCUUCAUCUCCCUUACAGGCAAUCUGGUAGGUAACAUAGCUUUAUCUCCUUUACAGACAAUCUGGUAGGUAACAUAGUUUCAUAUCCCUUACAGGCAAUCUGGUAGGUAACAUAGCUUCAUCUCCCUUAGAGGCAAUCUGGUAGGUAACAUAGCUUCAUCUCCCUAAGAGGCAAUCUGGUAGGUAACAUAGCUUCAUCUCCAUUAGAGGCAAUCUGGAAGGUAGCAUAGCUUUAUCUCCCUUAGAGGCAAUCUGGUAAGAAACAUAGCUUCAUCUCCCUAAGAAGCAAUCUGGUAGGUAACACAGCUUCAUCUCCCUAAGAGGAGGUUUGUUAGGUAACAUAGCUUCAUCUUUCUAGCAGCAGUGAUCAGAAAAUAUUUGGUAGUUAACAUAUCUCCAUCAUGCAAGCAGCAGUGAUCAGAGAAGAUCUGGUUGCCACUGCGGUGAAGUUUUUACAGAAUCCCAAAGUUCAAGCAAGCCCUUUGAGUCAGAAGAAAGCCUUCCUUGAAAAGAAAGGUUUGACCAAUGCAGAAGUGGAGGAGGCAGGCAGGAGGGCCGGGGUCCAGUCAGUUGUAUUCAGUAGCCCUGUUGCUGAGAACCAACUAAGUGCCGUCUCCCAGACAAACAGUCUGCCAACAGUGAUAGCUAAAGAUGUUGAGAUGACUCGGUGGAUGAAGGCCCGUGAGGUGUUGGCGGUUGUCACUAUGUUGGUCGGGGUCUCUUACGCUGCUCAAAGGCUCUACAAGGAGUUCAUCAAACCAUGGUUGUUUGGGACCCAGACAGAUAGCAAGCGUUUAGAUAAGCUAGAACGGAUCAUCACAGAGACCAACGAGAAGCUUGUUAACAUCGGGGAGGUUCUCGACAAACAGCAGGAAAAGCUCCAGAUACUGUCACAUGACAUUAACAGAAAAACAAGUGAUGGUUCAUAUGCAUCUCAAAGUACGACAGGAUUUAGCGAAAUCAAAGCCGAGUUGGCUUCACUAAAAGGCCUUCUUCUAAACAGACGACAGUUUCCACCAAUGCCAACAACCACACCAGUUUUACCAGCUUGGCAGCUAGCGAGCACAGCUGCUCAAAACACCAAUCAAAAAGGUGCAGCCUCACCUUCAAGUGGGGAAACCCCAGAUAUAGCUUUGUCAGCUAAUCCUGCAUCUGGAGCACCAGCAAAGCUUGUUAUAAGUGAUAACACAGAUACUGAAAAUAGUAACAGUGGCACAUCUGAUGAAGUUGUCACUCAAAGUAACUCUCCAGAAGAUGUUAGUAUGAAAUGGGAUAAUGUUAGUACAGCUGAUGAUAGCAAUGUUGAAUGUGCAAUAACAGAUAUAGACAGUGAUGUUAAGUUUACACAAGAAGAUGAUGGACUAGAAAAGUAAUGGAAACAUUGAUUAAAUGGUACAACUAAAUUGAAAUAAGUCUGAUUUUUAGCUUGACUAUUCGAAGAAUAAGGAGAGCUAUCCUAGUCACCCGAGCAUUGGCGUAGGCGUAACCACUUAUGUUAAAGUUUGCAUACCACCUCAAAUAUUUUCAAAGUCCAUUGACAUAUGGCUUUGAAACUUUGCACACUUGUUCACCAUCAUGCCCCCAACCUUUACACAGGAGGAGGUAACUCUAUCAAGCUUUUUGACAAAAUUAUGCCUCUUUUUCUACUAAGAAUUUACGUUAAAGUUUGCGUACCACCUCAAAUAUUUUCAAAGUCCAUUGACAUAUGGCUUUGAAACUUUGCACACUUGUUCACCAUCAUGCCCCCAACCUAUACACAGGAGGAGGUAACUCUAUCAAACAUUUUGACAAAAUUAUGCCCCUUUUUCUACUUAGAAUUUACGUUAAAGAUUGCGUACCACCUUAAAUAUUUUCAAAGUCCAUUGACAUCUGGCCUUGAAACUUUGCACGCUUGUUCACCAUCAUGCCCCCAACCUGUACACAGGAGGAGGUAACUCUAUCAAGCAUUUUGACAAAAUUAUGCCCCUUUUUCGACUUAGAAUUUACGUUUAAGUUUGGGUACCACCUCAAAUAUUUUCAAAGUCCAUUGACAUCUGGCUUUGAAACUUUGCACUCUUGUUCACCAUCAUGCUCCCAACCUGUAUUUAGGAGGAGGUAACUUUAUCAAGCAUUUUGACAAAAUUAUGCCCCUUUUUCGACUUAGAAUUUACGUUAAAGUUUGCCUACCAUCUCAAAUAUUUUCCAAUUUAAUUUAUGAAAAUAUCACAGCACAUCAUGUAUUGCAUUGAAAUCUAAUCUAAUAGUGAUCCAUGCAUGUUUUUUCCAAAACUUUUCAAUCCAUACACCGAAAAGCGGUGGAAUAGUCGAGCGCGUUACAACGAUUGUGAAGAAAAUUAUGGCAACUUAUACUAUGUCACUCUCAUUUGCACGAUGUUGUGGGAGAGUGUGGUCUUAUUGUGUGGCUGGGAAUCUAACCCGGGUCGACUUUGUGAAAAGCGAGUGAGCUAACCGGACAACCAAUGAUUUGUUGAAUAGGUAAUAAGGACGAGUCCUCCAUUUUCAAUAUUUGAUUAAAAUUUUCCUACUGAUAUUGUUUCCCUGAUACAUACCAAAGAGAUAUAAUGUACAGUAGAAAACUAUUGGCUCGAUACUCUGGGGAUGGCCUUAAUACUUCAAGCCUACCACAUUUGUAAUUUCAAUUCAUAUGUUAAAUAAAGUCAUGUUUACCCUGUU